UGUGAGCAAACAAAUGAGAAGUCUUGAGAUCUGUGGACCAUAUUGCUCUGUUGAUUCUUAUGAAGAGAGCCUUCUCUUGCUGGAUAAGGCCGAUGCAGUAUCUCUUUAAGUAAAGGAACAGAUUCAGUAACGAGUUUCGGUGAGAUGUCUGAGGCCCCUAAAGGGCUGGUGUAUUUUUCUCUUCUUUGGAGGGCAUGUAACAAUUUAUCUGAAACGCCGGUAGAUUAUCUUAAGUAUGUCUUUGAUUGUAAGCUUGAGUUUUUUUAAACUUUAGCUGAAGCUAUGGAGGACUCUUGUUACAAAUUUCAAUUGUUGUUGCAGCUUGAAACUAUGUAUUGAAGAUCUAUGAAAUGUAUUUGUGACUUCCUAUAACUUAGAAUAGUUUAGAAUAAAAUAUGGCUGCUUUAGAAAUUGUUAGGUUUGAAUAACUAAUAAAAUAUACGAAGAUACAAGAUCACAAACUUUUGGCCCAAAACAAGUGCUCAUAUUUAAUAAUUCUGUAGAAGAAAAAACUAUCCCAUAAAACCAAACGACUCCAUAGGCAUUUCAUCCUCCAACCAUUUCACUAUUUCUCUCUUUUCCUGUCUGCGUUUCUUGUUUACAUAUCAGUAUGUCAUGAAAGAAAUGCGCAACCGAGUUUCCCAUCGUUUUUUCUCCGAGGUUUCGGUCUGAAUCUAAUGGGCGGUGAAGAUAGGUGGCAAGGCAUUGCUCUAGCUCCAGUAAAUACAGAGAUAGAAGAGGAGCAAUGGAGGAACUUCAACAACUCAGUGAAUGCAGUUUCUUUAGGUUUUGUAGCAACUGCUAUUCUCAUCUCAAUGUUUCUCGUCAUGGCAAUUUUUGAGAGAUUUUUCAGGCCCAGAUCAUCACAGCUGACCACUUCAGCUCGGACUGCUGCCACUACUCAUUUGGAUCUUCAGGCACAGAAUACCAACAAUGAUUCCAAGCUUGAUCGCCACAACUAUCACAAAAUGAGAAAUUAUGCCAGAGAAGUAUCUGUGAUGAUGCCUGGAGAAGAUAUGCCUACCUUCAUUGCACAUCCUGCUCCUGCACCGUGUCUGCCAGAGCGCAUCGCUUGGCCUCUCCAUCAACACAAACCGCGCUUCAGUUCCAUCUCCAGCUAAAUUGCAGGUCGAAGCAAGACAUGGAUCCCGGCAACAAAACCUAGUUUUCGUUACUUCUUUUAGUUCCGGACAUAUGAUUGAAUUUGGGUUAGUUGACGACCACGUUAGUGUUUUGAACGUAGGAAGAAGCCAGGAACCAAACUCAUCAGCACUACAACAAUCAUAUGUAUAAAGCUUUGGCUGUCAUCUCAAAUGGAUUUUCUUGGUUUUUACUUCUAAAUAUCAAAUAAUCAUCUAAUAAGUAAAGAAUAGUAUUUGGCUACUCAAA